CUUAGGAAACUUCAGCGGGUGCAUUUCUUCCCUUCGAAGCAUGCUGCUCGGAUGGUCCAAGCCUUUACGGCAACAGGUCCGUCGGUCGAAAUUCACUGGUCGCGUGGUCGGAAAUGCCUGACAUUGUCGAAAACGGUAUCAUGUUUUCUGACGGUAUUGGCACCAUUAGCGAGAAACUUGGUGAUGAAAUCUGGCAAACGCUCUGCAACGCUCGUCGAGAUAGUAGUGCGAAUGCAGUUAAACCUUCAGCUUACCAAAUCAGAUUCCUUGGCUACAAAGGCGUCGUGGCUGUUGACAAGGAACUUCAGGGAAUCCAUCUUUGCUUGCAGGAAAGCAUGAACAAGUUUAAGGAUCAUGGAGAAGAGUAUGCUACGAUAGAGAUUGCUCGUUACGUCGUGAAACCCAACACUCCUCAUCUUAACAGGCUUCUGAUCAUGGUUCUAGAAGACCGAGGUGCCUCGAAAGAUACCUUUUUGGUUUUGCAGCAAGAGGUCGUUGCGGAGGCGCGCACCGCUGAUGACUCGAUCGAUAACUUUGCGAGGCUUUUGGAAAGCUACGGAUUAUGUCAACUAGCGUCGACGUUGCGGAAACUUGACUCUCUUGAUCUGGAGUUGAAUCCAAACCUUCAUCAGCGGAAUAUCGACACUCCUUUUUUGACACCAAGUGCGAGCCUAUGCCAUCAACCACGUCCUGCGAGCAGUCAAAUAUGAUACACGCAUUUCAAUUCCUAAUAGCUACACGCUGAUUGGCGUCACGGAUGAGGGACCUCCUUAUGAACAAAGAGGCUGUCAGAGUGUCUUCAAG